CCCGUUUUUUCCCACGUAUCUGGAAGGCAGCAAUAGGCCGGCACAGGGGACAGGACAACAUGGCUGCUUCUGCGGGCCGAUACUACGGAGAAGGUGGCAGAGCAACGAAAAGACAGAAAACUGAAGACGGAGGAAUGACAACGGAGAGCUACGAUGACCCUCACAAACCGCUCCCCUCCCCGGUGGUGCAUAUCAGGGGUUUGGUGGACGGUGUCAUGGAGGCUGACCUGGUGGAAGCCCUGCAAGAGUUUGGCACCAUCAGUUUUGUGGUUAUGAUGCCCAAGAAGCGGCAGGCCCUGGUGGAGUAUGAGGACAUGAACGGCUCCUGCAAUGCUGUUACUUAUGCAGCAGAGAACCAGGUUUACAUUGCAGGUCACCCUGCCUUCAUCAACUACUCAACUAGUCAGAAGAUUUCCCGACCAGGAGACUCGGAUGACACUCGGAGCGUCAACAAUGUUCUGCUGCUCACAAUUAUAAACCCCAUCUAUCCCAUUACCACGGAUGUCCUCUACACUAUUUGUAACAACUGUGGCCCUGUACAGAGGAUUGUCAUCUUCAGAAAAAACGGUGUUCAGGCCAUGGUCGAAUUUGAUUCGGUCCAAAGUGCCCAGAGGGCUAAAGCCUCUCUUAACGGGGCAGACAUCUACUCUGGCUGUUGCACCCUAAAGAUUGAAUAUGCCAAGCCAGCGCGCCUCAAUGUCUUCAAGAAUGACCAGGACACAUGGGACUACACAAAUCCCAACCUGAGUGGCCAAGAUGCUGAUGGUGAAGGCAAUUGGAACAAUUCACAAGAUCCCAAUGCCAAUCCUAACAAACGGCAGAGGCAGCCUGCUCUUCUGGGCGAUCACCCACCUGAUUAUGGUAAACAUCGCAUAAUCAAAUUAUUUGGUCUAUUUUUCUUUCAGGUCAAGUUCAUGAAGAGUAAACCUGGAGCAGCAAUGGUGGAGAUGGGAGACUGUUACUCUGUGGACAGGGCCAUUACUCAUCUGAACAACAACUUCCUUUUUGGACAGAAACUCAAUGUUUGUGUGUCCAAGCAACAGGCUAUUGUGCCAGGACAGUGCUACCAGUUAGAGGACAACACAAGCAGCUUUAAAGAUUUCCACGGAUCACGCAACAACCGCUUCACCUCACCAGAGCAGGCGGCUAAAAACCGAAUCCAGCAUCCGAGCAACGUCUUACACUUCUUUAAUGCACAACCCGACAUCUCUGCUGAGAUCUUUAAUCAGGUCUGUGAUGAACUUGGAAUCAAGAGGCCCACAAGUGUGAAACUUUUCACUGGAAAGAGUGAGCGCAGUUCAUCUGGCCUGCUUGAGUGGGAAUCCAUCAAUGAUGCCAUGGAAGCACUAGCUAUGAUGAACCAUUAUCAGAUGAAAAACCCUAGUGGGCCUUACCCUUAUACACUGAAGCUGUGUUUCUCGACUACACACCAUGCCAACUAAAUCUUCCUUGAAACCAUUUGUAAUGUUUUCUGUCUCUGGAUAGAGUAUACUGCAGUUCUGUUUCACGUACCAUUAAAGCUGUGUUGACAAUAAUUAGGAUUAACGUGCUUUAGAAAAUGUUACUUAAAUUAUAAUUUUUAAAAAUAAUUUAUUUUACUUUUACCAUGUUCUUCAACUUGUUUAUUUUGUAUGUUCACAACACUACGUUUGAUCGCCCGCCACCUUCUGUCUUUUGGUUAUUAAAUAAAGCCAACAGUAACCAUAAUGUUGCUAAUAAUUUAACCAGUGUCACAUAAUCAGAGAUUGUGUUGUAUUAUUUCUUCAAAUCCAUUCUUGAAAAUAAAAUGCAUUCUGUCAAA